UCCAGCAACAAAAAGAUAAAAAGGUUUGGGAAGAUGGGGGAAGAGAAGAAUACGUAUUUAAGCCGUACCCCCUCACUAUCACGUGACGAUUGACCCGGAAGUGAAUCGUACCCACGUGAGGGAAGACAGAGAGGUGAAAUCAAUGCCUGCGCAGCAAGAACUGCGGAUCAACGCGGCAUUUGCUGCACGUUACGGACGGUACCGGCGGCGUGAGGAGCUGCAACGGCUGCAAGAUCGUUAUGGAGAUGCGGAUGAAGAUGAGGAGUCGAGUUCGGAAUCGGAGUCAGGUGAGGAAAAGGAGAAACUUGACUCGAAACUGGAUCGUGCUUUUUACAACACACUGGCCUUGCUGAAAACCAAGGACCCCCAGAUUUAUCAGAAGGAUGCCACAUUUUACAGUGAAGAAGAUUCUUCCUCAGACAGUGAGGGUGAGAAGCCACCCUCAAAGAAGAAAGAAAACCCCAUGUUUCUGAAGGACUAUGAGAGGAAGGUCAUCCUGGAGAAGGCAGGUAAAUAUGAGGAUGAAGAAAAUGAGAGAGGAGAAACAAUUAAAAAUCAGAAGAGUUAUGUAGAAGAACAGAAGCAGCUUAAGGAGAGCUUCCAGAAGUUUGUGGCCGACAGUGAUGAAGAUGAGGGUGAAUGUGGCAGCUUGUCCUUCCUGCAGAAACGGACCAAAAGUAAAGAGGAGAAGGAGCACGAGGAGACAGACUACAUCAGCUGGUUGAAAGGUCAAGAGAUGCCACAAGCAGAGCAGGCGCUUCAGGACCUGGCGCCCCUUAGAGAAUACUGGAAUGAUCCAAAACUGGAUGAGGGUGAGCGGUUCUUGCGGGAUUACAUCUUAAACAGGCGAUACAAAGAGGCAGAUGAUGGAAGGGAGGAAGAGGAGGAGGAGGAAGGGGUACCUGGGGCACAGCUGGCUGUGUCAGAUUCAUCUGAUGAGGGCGAACUGUUCUUAAAGAAGCAAGAGGAUUUCGAGCGCAAGUACAACUUCCGCUUUGAAGAACCUGAGGCCCAGUUGGUGAAAACAUAUCCUCGUAUCAUUACAACUUCAGUGCGCCGGAAGGAUGAGCGCCGGAAGGAGAAGCGCCAGGAGAUUCAUGAGCGCAAGAGGAAAGAGAGGGAACAAAAGCAGGAGGAGCUGAAGCAGCUGAAGAACCUGAAACGCCGGGAGAUUCUGGAACGGUUGGAGAAGCUGUGUGAGAUGACUGGUAGCGCAGCCAGCACCUUCCAAGAAGGGGACCUGGAAGGGGACUUUGACCCCACCCAGCAUGACCAGCUCAUGGCGAAAUUCUUUGGGGAUGAGUAUUAUGGAGUUGGUGAGGAAGAGAAACCACAAUUUGAUACAGAGGAAGGAAUUGAUGAUGAAUGGAAUUGGGACAAGUGGACAGGAAAGGAUGGUUCUGAAGCAGAAGCUGAGAUGGGGCUGCAGCAGGAGGAAGAGUAUCAGCCACACUGCGAGGAUCCUGACUUUGUGAUGGAUGCAGAUUAUGAUCCCUCUCAGCAGCCCGGCCCAUCAAGAAAGAAGCGGAAGCUGGAGGUCCCCCUUCUAGGCAAGAAGAAGCGCAGGUCACAUUUUGCAGAGGCCAUCAGUCAGGAAAAAAAACCCUUUGACCCUGAGACAAAGACAUUUGAGCAGUACCUGGAUGAGUUCUACCAGCUGGACUAUGAGGAUCUGAUAGAGGACCUACCCUGCCGUUUCAAGUACCAUACUGUAAUCCCCUGCAGUUAUGGGCUCUCGACCAAGGAGAUUCUGGCAGCUGAUGACAAGGAGCUGAACCGCUGGUGUUCUUUGCGGAAAACCUGCAUGUACAGGUCAGAAAAGGAGGAGCUGCAGGACAAGGCAGCCUACGAGCAGAAAGGCCAAAAUGCUUGGAAGAAGAAACACAUUCUCAAAUCCCUUCAGGCAGAGGUGGAAGAGGUAGAAGAUGCAAAGAAACCUUCAGGCAAGAAAGGAAAGAACAGAGAGAAGGCAACAUGUCAGGGCCUGCCUUCUAAAGAGCUGCACCUGCCCAGAACUGGAUGCGAGGAGGAAGGGCUGCUGCUUCGCAAGGGAGACACCAGAAUGAAACAAGUUCCAACCAUCAGCAAGGAACUGGAGAUUGCUUCCCCAGAGGGCCUUAUUUCUGCCCACGCCAGUGUCCAGAGACCAAAGAAGAGAAGCAGGAAGGGGCUGGUUCUGGGCACCAAGGUGCGGGUGGGGGGCUUGGAGUUCAGCCGCCAGCGGCUCCAAGCCUACGGCCUCAAUCCCAAGCGUCUGCACUAUCGCCAACUGCUCCGUGAGAAAAGGCGGAGGAAGCCUAAGGAGGGCUCCAGACAGACUCAGCAGGGCCGGGCAAGCCAAGCCUCUUGUCUUCAGAGCAACCCUACUUUGACACCAUCUCCUUCCGUGGAGGUGUGAUCUGUUUGAUUGCUAGAAGUGAUGGUGGGGCUCUAGCCUGGUUCCUACGCCCCAAAGCUCAGUGCCUCUGGGCUCCGCAGUGGGAUGAUCAGGUUGAUUUGUUUUGUAGAAUGAUUCAAAUACACACUGUAUUGAAUCCCUUUGUUCCUCUUCACUUUUUGUGUUGGUUUGAGUGCAUGUUGCUUUUCUGCUAUGCCUUUAAGCCUGGGCCCAUUACGGUGGCUGCUUCCACAUCACUUCUUGUUUGCUCACUCCUUACACAGCAU